UCAGCUGUUUUUAUUAGUGUAAAACAUGUGCCACAGUGAUAGCUCGCUUGUAAUUUUACGGCGCUGAUUGAGUGUUUAAGCGGCAACUCUCGGCGCAUUUGGUCAGUCCAUAAAUGAAACUUGUAAGUAGAUGUCCGGCCAAUGCGAACAUGGACUUCAGCCGCGUACUAGAGAAUUGUGGAGCAUUCGGGCGCUUUCAGCAUGUGAUCCUGCUGCUCUAUGGCUAUACGAACAUACUCAGCUCGCUGCACUACUUUUCGCAAACUCUGAUCACAUUCACUCCGGAGCACUGGUGCUACCAUGACGAUCUUAAGAAUCUGAACUCCUCAGAUCUUCGCCAGAUAUACGCGAACGUGUCUCACAAGUCCUGCACCCUGCUGGAGGCAGUGGUCAAUGGCACUGGCGUCGCAGCGAGCAGUGGACACUGCCAGAACUGGAUAUUCAUGCGAGAGCAGGGCUACGAGAGCAUCACCACUGAGCUGAAAUGGGUCUGUGACAAGUCGCAUCACUCGGCCGUGGGACAGUCCUUCUUCUUCAUUGGCUCCGUUGUGGGCACUGUGAUAUUCGGAAAUCUGUCGGAUCGCAUUGGACGUCUGCCGGCGCUACUGCUGGCCACAUUAGCCGGAGCAUCGGGAGACUUUCUCACCUCGUUCGUCUAUGGCUUUCCACUGUUUGCGUUCUCCCGCUUUGUCUCCGGACUCUCCACCGACACCAUGUACUAUCUGAUGUACAUUUUGGUAUUCGAGUACCUCAGUCCCAAGCGCCGCACCUUUGGACUGAACAUCAUCCUCGCCUUCUUCUACUGCUUCGGCCUGAUGACCUCCCCCUGGCUGGCCAUCUGGAUAGGCAAUUGGCGGCAUUACUUGUGGCUGGCUUCGCUGCCCGCUCUCGGAGUGCUCGCCUACCCGCUGCUCAUCUGCGAGAGCGCCCAGUGGCUGCUCACAAAGAAGCGGUACGAGCGGGCCGUGCAGUGCCUGAAAUGGGUAGCCAAGUUCAACGGGCGGCAGGUGGAGGACUCUGUGUUCGACGAGUUCGUCAAGUACUAUCGCGAGAAGGGCAACGAGGAGCUCAAGCUGACCAGCGAUGAGGACACCUUUAUGGGCAUGUUCAGAACACCGCACCUGAGACGCUGCACGCUCUCCCUGCUGCUGAAAUCCGUCAUCAUUACACUCUCCUAUGAUGUGAUCAACCGCAAUAUGGAGGGGCUGGGCACUUCGCCCUUCAAGCUGUUCUCCUACACCUCCAUCAACUACCUGCCAGCGGGCUGGACCAUUCUGCUGCUCCAAAACAACAUCGGACGGAAGGGCAUGGCCUGUGGCGCGCUGCUGGUGGGCGGCAUCAUAACCACAGUGACGGGCUUCCUCAUUGCCUUCCUGGACCCGAAGGAAAAUGCGCUCCUGCUGGCCGUCAUGAUUGGCCUGGGUCGCUACGGCGUGACGGUCUCCUACGAUGCGGAAAUCCAAUACGCAGCCGAGAUAAUACCGACCAGCGUACGGGGGCGAGCUCUCUCCAACAUACACGUCGUUGGCCUGGCCUCCAACUCGCUGGUCUUCUACGUGAUCUACUUGGCCAAGUUCUAUAAGCCCUUGCCAUCCAUAUUCAUAAGCUGUUUAAUGUUCAUCGGCGCUGGCCUCUGUCUAACUCUGCCAGAAACUCUGAACAGAAAGCUGCCGGAAAACCUGGCGGAGGCGGAAAUUUUCGUCAAGCCUGGCCAGUGCUUUUCCCUGUGUCCCAAGCGAGAAAAAAUCUCAUCGACGACAAUUUAAUGUUCCUAAGUUGAAACUUGCUUUGCAGUCUUCAGGGCA